CAGGACUCGUGAGUGCUGAGUCUCCCCGUUCGUCGUCAAGUCAAAAAAGCGGCCAAGCAGCAAAACCUUCGCCCGUAAGCCUCGUCCCCGCUCACCAAAUCAAGCACCGGCCGCGCGCAUGACGCAGAUUCAGCCGUACGCCGCCGCAGCACUGCCUCAUCUACCCACGCCGCCGCCAUGAGGGAGCACCCCACUCCCUCCCCAUCACCUCACCACCAUGGAUGACCCCCUCGCCGCCGCCGCCGCCGCCGCCGCCUCGACGGAGGAAGCACCGAAGGAGGAUCCGCAGACGAUAGCGAGAUGGUACCAACUGGAGGCGCUGGAGCGGGCGUUGUGCGGGAACACGGUGGCGUUCCUGGGGACGGGAUCCGGGAAGACGCUCAUCGCGGUGCUGCUGCUGCGCGCCUACGCGCACCGCGUGCGGAGCCCGGCGCGCGACUUCGCCGUCUUCCUCGUCCCCACCGUCGUGCUCGUGGACCAGCAGGCGCGGGUCAUCGAGGCGCACACCGACCUCCGCGUCGACAGGUUCUCCGGUGACAUGAAAGUCGACUACUGGGACGCCCCGACCUGGCGCCGCGUGGUGGACGACGCCGAGGUGCUCGUCAUGACGCCGCAGAUUCUGCUCAACAACCUCAUCCACAGCUUCUUCCGCCUCCAGGACAUCGCACUGCUCAUCUUCGACGAGUGCCACCGCGCUAAGGGCAACCACCCAUAUGCGUGCAUUCUCAAGGAAUUCUACCACGCCCAACUCAAUUCUAGACCACAGGAUCCUCUGCCAAGGAUAUUUGGGAUGACUGCCUCGCCCGUUAAUACGAAAAAUUUGCAACCAGAUACCUAUUUGAAGCGAAUCUCUCAACUGGAGAAUCUAUUGAAUUCAAAGGUGUAUACAGUUGAUAAUGAAUCAGCUUUAUCGGAAUACAUACAAUAUGCCACCACUAGGAUUGUGCACUAUGAUGAUUCCAUCAUUCCAUCCAACUCAUAUAACCAUGUUAUGAGUUGUUUGAACAGAUUGAAAGAGAAGCAUUUAGAAGUCCUGAAAGCAAACUUGUAUGGCUCAUCUCUGAAAGUAGCAAAGGAAAGGAUAUCACGACUACAUCGGACAUUCUUAUAUUGCACAGCUGAUCUGGGAAUAUGGCUAGCGUCAAAGGCUGCUGAGGUACAAUCAUCUAAUGAACAGUUCUUGUCCUUUUGGGGUGAACAAAUAGAAAAAGAUGUUGAAGGCUUUAUUAGAAACUACAGCGAAGAAGUAUACAGGGAGCUCUCAUGUUGUUCAAAGACAGGUCAUAUUGGCGAAGAUUUGGAAGCCAAUUUGCAAGAUGGUCUAUUGACACGUAAAGUUCAUUGUCUUGUUCAAACUCUUCUGGAAUACAGGCAUAAACAAGACUUGAGAUGCAUCGUAUUUGUUGAGAGAGUUAUUACAAGCGUUGUAUUGAAAUCCCUCCUGUCCACUAUCACUCAAAUGUCUGGGUGGAUUGUUAAAUACAUGACAGGAGGCAUUUCUGGUUUGCAUUCUCAGAGUAGAAAAGAGCGUACAGAGAUUCUUGAUUCCUUUCGGAGAGGAGAGGUACAUUUGAUUGUGGCCACACAAGUUUUGGAGGAGGGGCUAGAUGUGCCAAGUUGUAACUUGGUAAUUCGCUUUGAUCCACCAGCAACUGUACGCAGCUUUAUACAGUCUCGUGGCCGAGCUAGGAUGCAAAACUCUGACUAUGUUUUACUUGUUAGAAGGGGGGAUGCAGCAGCCCUUUCUAAAACAGAAAAGUAUCUUGCGAGUGGGCAAUUGAUGAGGGAAGAAUCUCUGAGGUUGGCGUCUACGAUGUGUCAACCGCUUGAAAACCCCUUGUGUGAAGAAGAUUAUUACCGUGUUGAAUCUACUGGAGCAACUGUGACUAUAAACACCAGUAUUUCAUUGAUUUAUUUGUUCUGCUCAAAGCUCCCAUCGGAUGAAUAUUUUAAACCUUUACCGAGAUUCAGUAUUAACAAGGCAUCAUGUACGUGCACCCUGUAUCUUCCCAAGAGCAGUCCUGUACAGACAGUUAGUACAGAAGGAGAAGUCGAUGUCCUCAAGAAGGAAGUUUGUCUUAAGGCCUGCCGAGAAUUACAUGCUAUUGGCGCGCUCACAGAUUCUCUCUUACCAGAACUAGGUUUUCCUUGUGAAGAAGAACCCGACAUUGUUGUCGAGAAAUACCAACAUGAGCAGCCUGCCUACUUUCCUGAAGAACUUGUCGACAAUUGGCUCUCCUUUUCCUGUCUUGGCAUAUAUAUUUGCUAUAUGAUUUCUCUGGAAGGUUUUUUACAAACAACCGCUCCUACUGACAUAAUUUUAGCCAUGAAAUGUGAUAUGGGAUCUGACUUUGUCUCUAGAUCAUUUAAAUUGUAUGGCACGCAAGACUAUGUUACUGUUGCCAUAAAAUACAUGGGAAUCAUUCAUUUAAAUCAAGAACAGGUAAUUAUCGCCAGAAGAUUUCAGACAAGCAUUCUUUCUUUGCUUAUUAACAAUGCUAUUAAAUACUACUAUGAGAUGCAACGGUCCAUUGGAAUUGUCUACCUACUGCUGCCCUUGGUUUCUGGCAAAAUUGAUUGGUGUACUAUGAAGUUCUCAGCACCACAAGAAGUUAAUAACAAAGAUGUGAGACACUGCCAUUCUUGUAAAGAAGUUGAUUUACUGCAGACAAAAGAUGGUCUUCUGUGCAGGUGCAUGCUUAGAAAUUCCAUUAUCUGCACCCCGCACAAUAGCAGAUUGUAUGCUAUUACUGGGUUUCUUGACUUAAAUGCGAAAUCCUUACUGCAUCUACGUGAUGGGAGUAUUCUUACCUACAUAACAUAUUUCAAGACUAGGCAUGGCCUCAGAUUAACAAAUGAAAACCAACCUCUCUUGGCUGCCAGUAAACUUGGACAAGUGAGGAACUUUCUCCACAAGCGCAAUUACAAAAAUGAAAAAGUAUCUAGCAGUUCAUUUGCUGUUGAGUUGCCACCUGAGCUCUGCAGAGUUGUCAUGUCACCAGUGCCAGCUGAUAUUUUGUACAGCUUCUCGAUUAUUCCUUCUGUAAUGUAUCGCAUCCAUGGUAUGCUUCUUUCUGCAAAGUUGAAGGUUCAAUUAGGCCCAAGAAUGCAGCAGUUCUCCGUACCAGAUCUGAAGAUACUAGAAGCACUAACAACAAAGGAAUGUCAAGAGGAAUUUUCACAGGAAUCAUUAGAAACCCUUGGGGAUUCUUUCCUCAAGUAUGUUACAACUCAACAUCUUUAUACCAAGUACAAGCUUCAUCACGAGGGAACACUAACCAAGAUGAAGAAGAACUUGAUUUCCAAUGCAGCUCUAUGCCAGCUCGCCUGCAACAACAAUCUUGUGGGAUACAUCCAAGGUGAAGUGUUUAAUCCAAAAGGUUGGUUCAUUCCAGGGCUUGGUUACGAUACUUGUGGUAACAAAAGUUUCUGUCUAAGCUCCAAUGGUAUGUACAGUUUGAGGAAAAUAUCCAUUAAAAGUAAGAGAAUAGCAGAUACAGUUGAGGCUUUAAUUGGGGCCUACCUCAGUGCUGCUGGUGAACAGGCAGCGUUUCUUUUCAUAAAUUCAUUAGGAAUGGAUAUAGGAUUUCACAGCGAAAUUCCAAUUGAAAGAAAUAUUGUAAUCAAACCGGAAGAGUUCAUCAACAUCAGAAGCUUGGAAAUAAUUCUUGGUUACAAUUUCAAGGAUCCUUUAUUAUUGAUCGAAGCAUUGACACAUGGGUCAUACCAGAUUGCCGGCCCUACUGCAUGCUACCAGAGGCUGGAGUUUCUUGGAGAUGCUGUAUUGGACCAUCUCGUCACUGUAUAUUACUACAAUACGUACCCUGAAUGUACUCCAGCAUUGUUGACAGAUCUUAGAUCUGCUUCUGUAAACAACAAUUGUUAUGCACAUGCAUCUGUGAAAGCAGGACUAAACAAGCAUAUCCUUCAUUCAUCAACGGAACUGCACAGAAAGAUGGCUUACUACCUUGAGAAUUUUGGGCAAGCAUUUACGGGUCCAUCACAUGGCUGGGAAGCUGGCAUUGGUCUACCCAAGGUUCUUGGGGAUGUUAUUGAGUCCAUAGCUGGUGCAAUUUAUCUUGACAGCAAGUAUGACAAAGAGAUGGUCUGGAGAAGCAUGAAACCGCUAUUGGAGCCACUUGCCACCCCAGAGACCGUUGAACGUGACCCAGUGAAAGAGCUGCAGGAAUUUUGUGAUCGCAGAUCUUAUAGUAGGUCUUACACAAAAACUCACGAGGGUGGAGUAUCAUCGGUUGUUGCAGAGGUGCAGGUUGAAGGGACUAUCUAUUCCGCAACUCGAAGUGGUCGCGAUAAGACUGUGGCCCAAAAGUUGGCAGUGAAAUCGCUGUUAGAAGAUCUAAAGGCAGCAGCAGCGGCAAAUGAUCCAAUAUAUCUACUACCUCCACUUUGUAAUGGUGGGUCGUAGCUAGCCUGUGGAUAAACCUAUCCAAGUUCUCAUGGGAUUCUGGGAGUAUUUUACAAAUGUGCAGCUUAAUCUGUGUUUGUAGAUAUUCAGCUUCAUGCCGUUAACAAUAGUUGAAAGAUAGUUGCUGGUAAAUUUGUUAUGUGAAAGCUUCUGAUAAUGUGGCACAUAUUAAAUAAAGAAAAAGAGGAAAGUUCUAUAUACUCAUAUAUAAACUCGAAGUUAGGACAGGAGAGCAACCAUGUAUAUUCCUUUCGUCUUACAUUGGACAAUUAAGAUUGUAUAAUAUUUUGAAGUACUUGGUGUAUAUAUGUUGUUGGUUGAUGGCA